AUGCAGAAGCACCGCUUUUCUUCCUUGCCUUCAUUUCCUUUCUUUUGCGAUAGAUGGUUUCUUUCCCUUCCAACAUUAUCGACAACUACAUAUCUCCUUUCAUCUAGAUAUGUUGAUGAACACCACUUGCUCAAGAGGAUGAACACAAUCUAUCACGAGUCCCAAGAAGGAAGGCCCAAAAUCUUCAUUGAGCUUCUUAGUUCUCACCUUUGUCACUGGUUUAGCAAGUCAGUCAGAUGCAGAGAUGGAACAAAGGAUGGGGGCAGCAAGUGCACUGUUAAAGAGAAACGAGUAGAAAUAUUAAGAAGAGAAGAAAAGGAAUGGGUUCAUGGUGUCAUGGCUUUUCUCCUUUUCAUUGCAGUAACACACGUCACUCGGUUAUCACGGCUCAAAGCACGAUUCACUAAAAAAACCGAUUCAUUUGCCACUACGACUGAUGACUACGACUACCCCAGGACCCAGAAAGACCAAAAUUUUGAAUUUGGCUUCAGCUUUCGGAGUCUCGUUUACGGAAAGCUUCUGACGCACGCAAUGGAGAGAGCGGAGCUGGGUUUGAGCGUUGGAGAAGGAUCAUCGGAAGAAAAAUGGAUGAAAUAUUAUUCCUUCCAUCAUCAAAUAUUUUUGGUGGGUGAGGGUGAUUUCUCCUUCUCCCUCUGCUUGGCUCAGUCCUUUGGUUCUGCUUUCAACAUCGUUGCUUCUUCCCUCGACACUUACGAUCAAGUGGUGAGGAAGUACAAGAAAGCCAUGUCAAAUUUACUUUCCUUAACAAAGCUGGGGGCAAUGGUGUUGCACGGAGUUGAUGCAACCCAAAUGAAAUUUCAUCCAUACUUGAAAAUGAGGAGAUUUGAUAGAAUUAUAUUCAACUUCCCUCAUGCAGGCUUUCAUGGCAAAGAAGAUAGCAUCUCCCUGAUUCAGGAACACAAGAACCUUGUACUUGGGUUUUUUAUGAAUGCAAGGAGCAUGCUUAGAUUUAACGGUGAAGUUCAUGUAAAUCACAAGACCACACCACCAUUUAAUUAUUGGUGCAUUAAUGAGCUUGGGAUACAAAGCUUUCUGUGGCCGAUAGAGUGCGUUGAUUUCAAAAAAGAAGAUUAUCCUGGUUAUAACAACAAGCGGGGUGAUGGGUCCAGGGCUGAUGAGCCUUUCCCCUUGGGUAAGUGUAGCACUUUCAAGUUCGUCGCGAUAAUGAAGAAGGAAUCCAACCCCAGAAACCAAAGAAUUCUCAGUAAUCAUCAUUACCCGAGAAGUUUCAGCCAACACUCAUCACCAUCAGUAGUUGGUUGCAGAAAAGGACAGCUUCCAAUGUUUGGAGGAGGAAACAGUUGUGACUUGCAGAGAUCAUUGUGGUGUGAAUCAAAUAUGUUUAUGUAUCCAGAAACAGAAUAUGUUAGGAACAUGGAUAUGAUACUGGGAAGACAAGUUUCUGGUUAUGUUCAUGGAAUCAGCUCUGACUUGCAGAGAUCAUCACGGCCUGCAUCAGCAGAGUUUAGGUUUCCACAAACAAAACAUGUUAGGAAUAUGGAUAUGAUACUGGGGAGACAAGUUUCUGGUUAUGUUCAUGGAAUCAGUUCUAACUUGCAGAGAUCAUUUACAUGGCCUAAAUCAACUGAGUUUAGGUAUCCACAAACAGAACAUGUUAGAGAUAUGGGUAUGAUAUUGGGAAGAUCUGUUUCUGAAUAUGUUCAUGGAAUCAGUUCUGACUUGCAGAGACGACCAUGGCCUAAAUCUGAAUCCGGUAAUGUUAGGUAUCUUCCGAGUGAUAAUUUUAGGGAUGGAUAUGAUAGCCUUAGGUCUUACCAUGUCAGUUGGUUCUAG